AUGGCUAAAUUGUAUCUUAUUCAACCAGCUGUGGUGGCUCCAGUUAGAAUCAACACAGUAAGUUUGUUUUGAAUUUGUUUUUGAGUUUAUAGGUUGUGAAAGCUUCUGAAUAUAUUGUUAAAGGUUUUGAGUUGAAAUAGUUUUGGAAUUCGUAAAAUACGACCAUUGAUUUUGUUCUUUUUGUAAAAUAUUGGUUUUAAAGACAUAAUUAUCGAUUUUUUCGUAAUUUUUAGUUUUUUGAAAGAAAUUUGGUAUAAAAUCUAACUAGAAUUAAUUUUCAGCAUCAUAAACAAAUGACAAAGCCAGUAAACGAUCUUCUCGAUGAUCCUUUGGCGGUAAUUAAGUCACAGAAGAACAACAACCAGCCCAGACGUCGUGAACGUCUCACACAUCUCACAGCCGAAGAGAAGUUGAAUCGUCGCAAAAUGAAGAAUCGUGAAGCCGCACAGAAUGCCAGAGACCGCAAGAAGGAGCAGAACAAGCAGUUGGAAGGAGUUUUGCGACAAAUGGCAGCCGAAAACAAGAAGUUGAAGGCCGAGAACGCUAAGUUGAGAGCUGAAGUCGCCAGACUGUCUGGCAAAGAGUAUACUGGUACUGAUGGUGCUAAAAAUAUGGAAACGUAUCCUAUAGGUAGUGCUAAUGGAUAUGUUAUGGAUGGUACUGAAAGUCCAGUAUAUGGUUUGGAUGGAACAGAAGAUUAUAAUGUUCACAGUAAUGAACUGGACGUUCCUUGCAGUCCAGACAGUGCUUAUGCUUCCAGUUCCACUUCAGCUCUAUCCCCAGUGUCUUCGAAUGGAUAUCAACCGGUCGUUUAUCAAAACAGGUCAAAGAGAACCAGCAUGAACUUGAGCAGUCCUUCUUCAAGUCGUUCAAGCUUUUCACAUGGCUACAGAACUUCUGAAUACAACAAUAUCAACAGAAAUGAUGGCUUGAAUGGAGCGCAUAGGUCUUCCAACGAUACCUACAUUACUCCUGAAUCCAACGAUACCUACAUGUCUUCCGAAUCCAACUUCAACACCCAAAACCCGAUCUUCAACGAUAACUACGAGUUCAACCAAGCACCCCUCAACCCCCACCACGCUCACCCUACGGAACCCCAAGCCGAUCGGUCGUUUGUCCCAUCUGUCGAGUCUGCCGCACUCCGGAUGUCCCUGCCGCGGAACAGGACGAACGAUCGGCCCGCCUACCGGUGCCCGACGAGAGCAUGGUGCUGGAGCCGUUCGAGGAGGUCAGCGAGUACGUCGACGUGUACGCCGAUGAUUACAGUCACGACGCUGCUCAGCUUGAUGAACUGGACCUCGAUGGAGAGGGAUUCGAAGCCGGAUUCGAGUUUGGAAACGAAGCCGGCUUCAGAAAUGGAUUUGAAGGCGAGUACGGUAACAAAAGUGGACUCGAAGGCGAGUACGGUAACAGAAAUGGAUUCGAAGCCGGCUUCGAUAGCCCAUUUGACCCCAUCUACCCACAGACUGAAGCCCAGAAACCGGUUCAGAAUCCGCCGACGGACACCUUUGAAGGCCUGCCAGCCUUCGACGACCUCGUUCAAAGCUCCUUCCUCGACAAACUCUGCUCCGAGCUGGAGAUUCUCCCCUCCCAGGAGGAGAACAACUACAUGAACGACUUUGAAAUGGACAAUCAAAACCUUUUCGACUGGUGCAACAACGUUUAA